AUGGUACGGCCUCCCUCCCUCUGGCAUGAGCGCUUGCAAGAACUGACAGUCUCACUCCCCCCUUCCCAGGCGCCUCUCCCCCCUCCCGCCAGCAGCAGGGCGCCAUCCGCGCGGGCGCUGCGCAUGCAACGCAUCACGGGCCAAAUCCAUCCCCUCCUCCCAUCCAAGGUCUUCCGCACAGACGCCCGCGUCUCCGACAACUUCAUCAACUCCAAGCGUGACAAGCGCACCAUGAAGCACUCCUCGUUCGUGUCGAGAAUCACAUCCUCCAAAAUCAGCAAGAACAAGCGCCGCCGCCCCAAGAACAAGCUCAGGACCACGUUGGAGGGCCUGGCUGACGCGCUGCCAGAGCUAAAGAGCGGCGAGGGAGGCGAGGAGGUUCUUGCAGGCAAGGUGAAGCACAAGAGCUUGACGAGUAAGAAGGGUGCGCUGAAGAGGAAGGAGAGAAUCGUCAAGGGCGAGAUGGAGAGGUUUGGGGCGAGCAUGGCCAAGCUGUCAGCCCUGCAGCCAACAGAUGAUGCGAGAACGACGACGCAGAGGAGGGUGGAUGAGGACGGCCACAAGACGGCGACAAGAUCUUUUGCUCAUCAAGGCGUUUCGGAACAAACGUCCCGCGCGACACCCACCGCUACAUCGGAUCGUUGGGCCGCUUUGAGAGGGUAUAUCUCGGCAACCAUGGAGCAGAAUCCCGCCUUUUCUGGCCAAUGA